CAUCUUUAAAACUGCUGACCCGGAAGACUUUUUCCCUGGGCACUUACCGAGCCUUCCUUUUUUCCCCCAUUUUUCUUUUUUUUUUUCCCUUUCUUUUUAGUAAAUAAUUUUACCUCACAUCUUUUCUUCCCUCCCACCCCCAUUAUUCUAUUCUAUUAUUCUUGUCUUUCCUCCUCUCUCUCUCUCUCCUCCCUAUCUCCUUCCCUCGUCAAUUUCCUUUAUGUCACGCCUUCGUUAACCUCGUCUCGCACGUCCCAUUCUACCGCCCAGCCGCGCGUUUCCUGCGUCUGCGAUUCUCUCCUGGCUCUUCAUACUGGCAGUUUUGCUUCCCAGUAAGACCCGCCGCCCUCCGGUUCGGCCUUUUUCCUUUGUCAUUGUGAUACAGGGUGGAUAAAAUCAAUUUAUAAAAUCAAUCUCAAAUUAAAUCAAUCCUUCUCAAAAAAGAAAGAGAGGGGUGGACUUUACCACCCGCCAGAGUCCAAUGGUCUCUAUGGUUGAUACCUCCAAUUCCACUCACAAUGACAUGGUCAUGGACUCUGUCAUCCCCAAGACCGAGCCUAUACCGGAGGGCUCUAUCAGCUCGUCCGUCUCAACCCCAGAGGCUGAGGGAGAGGCCUUGACGCAGGAUGUGGCCCAGACGCAGAAGCGAAAGGGUGGAAGGAAACCUAUCUAUGCCACCUCGGAGGAACGUAAACAACGCAACCGUCAGGCUCAGGCUGCCUUUCGAGAACGUCGCACCGAAUACAUCCGCCAGCUCGAAACCACUAUCAAGCGCAAUGAGGAUAGCUUGCAGACCCUGCAGCAGAACCAUCGUAGCGCUGCCGAUGAGUGUCUGAUGUUGAGAUACAAGAAUUCUUUGUUGGAACGGAUCUUGCUCGAGAAAGGAAUUGAUGUACAGGCCGAGCUGCGAUUGAAGACCGGAACACCCAGUGGAGGACCGGCGAAACCCACCCCUAUGACAGCCAAACCCCCAUCCCUCGAGCGCGCAGCAGUGAACCGGAAUUCUGCACAACGGCACCAAGCUGGCAUUGCUCCUAAGGGGGAACCGUUUGGCAUGUCCCAACACCGCGAGGGUGCCUACGGUAUCCCGUCGCCCCAGUUCCAGGCCACGCCUCCUUCCCAUGUCUCAUCACCAUCGCACGCCAAAUCGCCCGGCAAUUUCGCUUUCCAAGGGGCCAUGUCCCCUGUCGGCGUGGAUCCCCAGCAACAGGCGCGCUCGCAGAUGCUGUCACACUCGAGGAACCUCAGUCAAGCAUCGCCGCCUCUGGGAAUGCCGCAAUCCGACUCAGCUGAGCCCAAGUCGACCGUGCCAGGUGCGGGACGGGGCUCCCGAGUUCCAUCGGCUUACUAUCCAUCUCCAUUCCAAAAGCAUUAUGAUCAACUAGAACAGGAAUAUGAUGCCCAAGCAGACCUCAUCGACGAUGACCACGACACGGUUGAUCCGUCUCCCUACGUUCCAGGCUUCAACGCUGCGUCAGUUCCGUCUGGCUCACAUUCCAUCGGAUCCCACGGCCUGUCGAAUUUCAACCCACAGGCUGGUGAAGGAUCCAAUGGAGCCUAUGGAAACACCAACAAUAUUAUGGGCAAUUAUGAACCCAUGUUGGAUGCAGAUCCAUUCGGACUGAGUGCAAGCAUGCACUUCCAAACUCCGUUCAGUUACGAGCAGAACAAUACCCGCCACUAGAGCCUUUUGCCUUUUCUCUCUGUUUAUUAUUUAUUACGAGUCUUGACUCACGUACAGUUUUUAUUUAUCUAUUAAAAGUACACAGCAAAAAAAAAA